CCGGGUGUGGUCCUCUACCUCGCUGCAAAAUCAAUCAAAAGCCCUAAAUUGAUGUCAAAAUGAAAAUCACCCAACGGUUCAAUCGAGUUGUUAAACCCUUAAAGCCUGUAGAUUGCUCCACGAAAGAUCCCAAACCUUCAAUUCUUAAGAUCAAACCAAAUUUGAAGCCAAAAUCAAAGACAAAACCUAGAACAAUGAAGCAAAAAGCCCUAACCCAACCCGGUCUUCAUUCAGAAGAAUCAAAACCCACAUUUUUGUUGGAAAAAGCCCCAAUACUGGGUCUUGAAUUUUACCAAAUCGACGCCCUUGAUCUUGCACCUCGAUUGCUUGGCAAGUAUCUGAGGAGAGAUGACGUUGUUCUCCAGAUUACAGAGGUAGAGGCGUAUAGAUCUAACGAUUCGGCUUGUCAUGGUCGAGUUGGCAUUACACCAAGAACUGCUCCUAUUUUUGGAGCGGGAGGGCAUGCUUAUGUUUAUCUCUGCUAUGGUCUGCAUACCAUGCUCAAUGUUGUGGCUGACAAAGAAGGAAUUGGGUCAGCUGUCUUGAUACGUUCUUGUGCUCCUGUCACUGGAUUGGAGACUAUCAAACAACGUCGGGGUUUGGAUACUGAGAAGCCAAUUCUUCUUACGGGGCCCGGCAAGGUGGGUCAAGCACUUGGGAUUUCUAAAGAAUGGAGUAGUCAUGCUCUCUUUGCUCCUGGUGGUCUGGAAUUGUUGGAUGGGCCGGAAAUGAAAGUGGAGGAGAUGGUAGUGGGCCCACGUGUGGGGAUAGAUUAUGCUUUGCCUGAAGAUGUUGAGGCAUUAUGGAGGUUUGCAGUUGCAGGUAGCCCUUGGAUAAGUGCUCCUAAGAACACCCUCAGACCACCUUCAUCUUCUACAAAACUCUUGGAUAUCACAAUUUAAAGUUAUCUUUUUUUUUUUGGAGGGGAAAAGAAAGUGUUUUUUCUUGGGUUAAAUGUUGAUGUUAUUAUGUA